GAUGAUAAUCUCUCUGCCUUCUGAACUGUGCUCUGCUUGCUUCGUGCGAAUGGCUUUGAUUCUGUAUGUAGCUUCAACACGAGUAGAUGCUACUGUUGUAUAGCAGAGUGGGAAAUGCUUCCCCUGCUCGUCUCGCUUCCCCUUUUCGUCUCUCAUCAAGGUUAACUUUCCAGCACUUAGCUUCUCAGUUCCUUGGGUUGCAGAUUAAGCUAGCUGUAGAGAUCCGAUCUGAGCCAGUAGCAGUGCGACUUUGUCCAGAGAGAAAGCGACAGAAUAGGUAAAUAGGAAUCGGCCCUUAUUUUUAUACUGGAUAAGAGGAGAAUUCUGUGCCUAAAGGCCCAGAAAGUCAACAUCAGGAAUUCAAGAUAACAUCUACUAGUAAGUAUUGGCCUUCUAGCAGACCCCAUAAACUGGUUAAACCCGUAAAAAAAUGAAAUGUUUACAGUUUCGAUCGGAAAAACGGCGUGGAUCAGACCCCGUAAAACUUGUUCGACCUGUAAACUUUUUAAAGGCCACGCUAAAUCCAUCGGUGAAAACCUUAUAUGUGCACUUUUGAAAGCAGUAUACAGUUCAACCCGUAAACUGGUCAAACCUCGUCGGAGCAAACGCGUCGCCGCGGAACUGGCCGGAAUCUAUCUGAAACUCACCGGAAUCCGUCACUGCAUGUCAAAAGAAGCCGCCGCACGCCGAAAUUUGUCGCCGUCGAUCCGAAUUACGGCCAGCUCGACCUUCACUGCCAAGACGCGGCCGUCCACGGGCAGGAUGAAGCAGGCUACCGGCGGCCUGAAUCAGGGUGGGCGGCACCGAAGAAGGGCGGAGCAGGGUGGGGGAGCUCGCACGGCCACGACGGGGAAACGUACGCGCGGCGGCGGGCAGUGCCGAGCUCAAUCGGGGGCAGACGACGCAGGCCUCCUUCACUGCAUGCAUGACCAGGAACGGGCGGCGCCAAGAUGAGACGGAGGCGAGGCGGGCGAGGCACGCCGUGGCAGGAGACGGCUCGCCGGGACGUAAGGAAAAAAGAAAAAGAAAAACUAUAGUGGAAUACAGUUCCAUUUACAGGGUCUGUUCUGUCCGGGACAAUUUCGUACCGUAAAAAUGGUCAACAAUGCCCCUUAUACGCGUUUUUAAGGGUCGAUUUGUACAUAGUCUGCUAAGAUGUUCUUACUUUGUCUGCCUCUCUUUGAC